ACCAAGCCUUAUCUCCGAGCACAGCAGCACUGGGCACACUGCUGCAGGUGAGGCUCUGCCUUCCAGCUUCACGGUGGGCUCCAGGACAGACCACACCAUGCUGUGACCCCGAAUUUGGACGCCACGCUUCACGGUGUUUCUCCUUGCUCAGGGUGACGCGGGAUCAGUGACAGCCCCUCGCUGUGUUUCCUCAGCAUGCGGGUGACAGGCGUGAUCCGGAUUCUGGUGCCGCUGGCCAUACUGCUGGGCUCCUGGUUCAUCGUGCAGAUAUACUUUGAGCACAGCAGGAGAACCAUCAGCCUGCGGAGCUGGUUGGGUGCCACCAGAAAGCCCAUGAGUAGCCCACCGCAGCCCCGCCACAAGUGUGACAACAAGAGGGACUGCCCCGCCGACCACUUCGCCUUCCGGAUCAUCAGCGGUGCUGCCAACGUGGUGGGACCCUCCAUCUGCUUUGAGGACAGGAUCCUCAUGAGCACCGUGAAGAACAACAUUGGCAGAGGGCUGAACAUAGCGCUGGUAAAUGGAAAGAGCGGGCAGCUCCUGAAGGUGGGCUCCUUUGACAUGUACUCUGGAGAUGUUACACAGCUGGAGACCUUCCUCCAAGAGAUCAAGGAUGGCACCAUCAUGCUGGCAGCCACCUAUGAUGACGCUGCCACAAAGAUGAACAACAAAGUUCGGGCACUUUUUUCAGCACUGGGCAGCAGCCACGUGAACCAGCUGGGCUUUCGAGACAACUGGGUCUUCUUAGGGGCGAAGGGACUGAAGGGCAAGAGCCCCUUUGAGGAGCACGUCAAAAAUGACCAGAAAACAAAUAAAUAUGACGGUUGGCCAGAGCUGCUGGAGAUGGAGGGCUGUGCCCCCAGGAAACAAGAUUAGAAGGGACGCUCUGGCAGCACACCUGCAUGGAGCCCAAGCCAGGUCUAUGGGGACACCAACCCCCCUGGACUGACCAAGCCCCCGGCGCAGCCACACAAUCCUGGUGGUGGCUGCUGGCUCCCAGGGACCGGCAUUCUGCUGUGGGGACACGCGGUGCUCAGAGCAGCUGCAGUGUGCAGGUGAGCAAGCACCCAGCCAGGCUCCAGCCAAGCUGCCGUAGUCCGUGGCUAUGAGUGGGGCAUUUUGUUUUUCUAUCUUCAAACCAAGCAUUUUGUGAUAAGU